GCUAUUUUUCUUGACCCUCCAUUAAAAACCAUCGUAUGAAAUAAUAUUCGUGAAGAAAAGUUCAUUUCGCCAUUACCCAUUUCAGAUCUUCUUCAAUUCUUGAAAUCAAACAAAGAGAAAAGAAAAAUGUCGACGGAAAAGGAGAGAGAGACUCAUGUUUACACUGCUAAGCUUUCCGAACAAGCAGAACGCUAUGACGAAAUGGUUGAAUGUAUGAAAAAAGUUGCGAAACUGGACGUUGAGCUGUCAGUGGACGAAAGGAACCUCCUCUCUGUGGGUUACAAGAACGUAAUCGGGGCCCGCAGAGCUUCGUGGAGAAUCAUGUCUUCGAUCGAGCAAAAGGAGGAUUCCAAAGGAAACGAAAACAAUGUUAAGAUCAUUAAAAACUACCGCCGUAAAGUCGAAGAAGAGCUUGCCAAAAUCUGCCAUGAUAUUCUCUCUGUCAUCGACAAGCAUCUACUCCCUUCUUCUGCUUCUGGCGAAGCCACUGUUUUUUACUACAAGAUGAAAGGUGAUUACUUUCGCUACCUUGCUGAGUUUCAGGCUGAGGAGGGUAGAAAAGAGGCAGCUGAAGAGUCACUCAAGAGUUACGAGGCUGCUUUAGCAACUGCAAAUACAGAUCUCCCUUCAACUCACCCUAUUCGUCUCGGUCUAGCUUUGAACUUCUCGGUUUUCUACUACGAGAUCAUGAAUUCUCCCGAGAGGGCGUGCCAUUUGGCGAAACAAGCGUUUGACGAGGCGAUUGCUGAGCUGGAUACUUUGAGCGAAGAGUCUUAUAAAGACAGCACACUUAUAAUGCAGCUGUUGAGAGACAACCUCACUCUUUGGACCUCCGAUUUGCCUGAAGAUGGAGGCGAUGAGAUUACCAAAGAGGACGAAUCCAAGGAAGCAAAAUCAGAAGCAAAACCAGAGCAUUAAUAUUUUAGGGUUGAGAGUAAUUUACGCCAAAAAGAAAGGGAAAUUCGAGGGUUGUUAUAUUUGCAAUCCAAUUUCUCAGUUUUCAGCACAAAGGGCUGUUUGGCAAGUUUUGUUAUCAGAAAGCUGAAGAAGAUGAGAUUUUUUAUUUAUUUAUUUUUAUUUUUCUUCCUGGAUAAUUCUCUAUUUAUUCCUACUGUCGGACGAAGCUUUUGUUUUUCGAGAAAUUAGUGUUUUUUUUCCUUUUUUUUUCUUUUGUAGUAAGACUAAUUCUCUAUAUAUUUUGGCGGCAUCUUCUAUAUAAAUAUCGUUUUCUUUUUGCACGA